UCCAACAUGGCCGCAAAGAUGGCGGCCCUGCGUUGUUUUAGAGUUCCUCUGGCUUGUCGGCCUGUAGUUGCGGACGGAAUUCAUUUUUCAAUGCGGAUGCAAUGUGUAUUCUUCUCCCACAGAUAUAGUUUAAUUUUCCUAGCGACAGAAAGUGGCAUUUCACCCAUGUUGAAAAAUACAUUUGGAGACCAUGAAACCCCUCUUCUGGGAUCGCAGAAGAAGAGAUUUUUUACAUCUUCUUCCGUCACCCCAGAUGGUAAUCCACAAAUAACAUUUGAAAGCCUUUCAGAUCUAAUAAAAGACAAACUACAAGAAUCCUUUAAUCAAAAUUCCUUGGCAACACAUUUGAAAGUUCUUGAAGCUUUGAUCAAGCAUUGGAAAGGGGAAGUGUUAUCUGUAUCUGUCACAAGAAAAGCAGCUGAAUUAUCUUCAGAGGAUGUUUACAGACUGGCAACACUUAUCUUUGAAGCUCAAGAAUCAGUUGGAAAGGAUGCAGUUGAAUUGGCCGCUCCACUGUUCAGAUUUUCUGCAAUGGCUGGAAAUCCAGAUGGAAUGUACAGCUAUGCAAAACUCCUGGAAACAGGAGAGGGUGGAGUAGAAAGAGAUCCCAUUGAGGCUGGAAAGCUUUUCUCAGAGCUUGCAGACCAAGGUCAUCCAUUUGCUCAGUUUGCUCUGGCACAUUUUUACCACAAUGGAAUUGGAAUGAAAAAAGAUUUACAGAUGGCCCUUGAGCUUUAUGAGGCCAGUGCAAAGAAAGGUGUGAGGGAGGCUAACACUAUGAUUGGAAACUUGUACACCACUGGAGAGAUAGGAAAGGUGGAUCUAACAAAGGCAGCCAAGUUCUUUACAAAUGCUGCUGAGAAAGGUGAUGUGCCAGCUCUCAUGUCGCUUGGUGCAUUUUACAGUCAAGGCACUGGUGUAGAAAAGAAUUUUCAAAAGUCAUUCAAGUGCUACAAAGCAGCAGCUGACCAAGGUCACCUAACAGCCCAGUACAAUGUUGGAGUGAACUAUUUUGCUGGAAAAGGAGUUGAGAACAACAUGAAAAAAGCUGCUUAUUACUUUGAUCUUGCUGCUCAGCAAGGACAUGUGUUUGCUCAGAUCAAUCUUGGAAACAUGUACUACUUUGGAUAUGGUGUUGAGAAAAACUGGGAGAAAUCCAGACAGCUUUAUAAGGAGGCAGCAAAAAACAAUCAACAUGCUGAGCUUUUGCUUCAAGAACUUCAACAUGAGAUGGAGAACCUGGGCAAAAAUGAUGAUCCUUAUUAGUCUGAGACUUCUCUGUCAUAACACAUGUUAGUAAAGAUUCAAGGUGACACAACCGAUUGUGAGGCAUGGUUUGCAGAUUGUGUGGCAUGGUUUGCAGAUUGUGUGUCACCUCGUUCAAAGUGAUCUAACAAAUAAUUUGUGGGUGGAAAACAAGAGGUUAUUCAGGCAUCAACUUUAUCAUGCCAUGGAUUGGAAUUGGGCAUCAAGCAGGAACCUCAUUUGAAUCCAGGCUUUAGUUAACAACUGCAUCAUUCAGUUAAAUGAUGCGAAGGGGGAUAUCAAUGCUGUCUUAAGGACCAGACAUGUUGCCAGGCAACAACCCAAUCAAAUUUAAAAUGGCAAUAUCAUUAGUGUGAAAAACAUUCCUUCAUGCUUGGACUCUAUAAACUCUCUUGUGAGAUGAACUUUGGUUAUAUCUUUGAGAAAGAGAGUAGCCAUGCAUACAUGGAGCUGUAAGGGUUUCUGACACUGCCAGUUCUGAUGGUAGAGGUAUUUGAGAAACUCUUCAAGUACGUAAUUCUAUUAUGGGAACUUCAAAGUGAAAAAAAGAAAAAUGAGAAUUCAGAGGAGGAAACGAUAGGAAUAUUCAUUUCUAACCAUAAUGUAAAUCUCCAGCACAAAAAAAAGCUGUUUUAUUAGAUUAAUUUUCGUGUUUGGACAAUUUUAGAGAGGUGCAAGUUCUUCGUUAUUAUUUUAAAGUAUUUGAAUUCUGUCCACAAGGUAGAAAUGCCUACAUGUGCAAUUUUAUACAGUUUCUCCUGACCAAAAAAUUAAUAAAAUUCAAACAUGAAAGUGUGAUGUUCUGACAUUUUCCUUUCUUGGAUCAUAAAACGCAACAGUAAGCUUGUGAUUAUGAACACCUGGUUUCUUUAGCUACUUCAGAAGGAUUGCACCCUUCAUUGUCAUUCUAACUCUCUGUCCCUAUAUGGCGAGGAAUAAAAAAAUUCUAUUAUGUAGUUCAAUACUCAGUCAGUCUUAUUAUCUAUUUGGAAAAUUAUCAUUUCACUUGACUUAGAAACUGUUGACUGUGAAAGAUUUCGUCUUUAUUUGUAACAGAAGCCACAUUACAGGUGCAACUGGAAUCAUACAACAAGCCGGAGAUUUAAGCUGACAGAAAUCUACUUGUGUGCGUAUGCAUUUGCUCCCAUUACGUUUACGAAGAGUUGGAAAAUAUGGCGUCGUUCGUUGAAAACCCGCCGAACGUUUGGCUGUUGCUGAAUAUGAACCAGGCAGAGACCAGUCUACGAGAAGCUAUGAGUCUCUUCGUUUGGAAGAAAAGUGCUAAACGUGGAUUUAGGGACGAAAGCAAACGCUUUCACGACAUGAAGCGGAGAAGAAAGUAGCAGGGCUCCUUCUUGGUCAGGAUUCUAUGCAAAGUUUCUUCGAUUGUCACUUCAAGUUAAAUCUGGCAAUUGCACAAGUGGCUGUACGGAAACAACGGGAAGUGAGUGGUUGAAAUCAAACUGGAAAAUGGACUGAAAUCAAAGUAGAAAAUGGACAUGUGACUUUAUUGGAAUCAAAUUGGAAAACGGACACGUGACUGGAUUGAAGCUAAAGUGGGAAUGGAUAAGUGUAUGGAUUGAAAUCAAGCGUACACAUUUCAAAGUUUUUUGCACAAGAUGACGUCUAAACAUUACUUCUCUGACGAUAAGCAACAUGGCAAGCUAAAUUUAGUCUGCUUGUUCCUUGCUAAUGUGUUUGCUGUAGUAAGCAGUUCCUAAUUCCAUUUUCUAAAUGUUUGCCUUGUUGUUACGAAAAAGACCUUUUUCAGCCAUCCAUGAUCUUUGCUUUUUUUGCACAGGACAAUUUCGAAAAUAGUAAACAGAUGAACUUUAAACAAAAUCAAAAUGAUCUUCAAGCGCAAUUUUUCUCUUUGGGCAAGAUUGCUGUUUUUAUUUUAGUAACAAUGGUUCAGAUUGUCAAAACAUUUCAUUGCCUCCUGUUAUAUUUUCACGUUAUUGCAGCAAGAUUUUGAUUUAGUCAACUUUUAUUUUUUAGCGAUUCAGAUUUCAGUUCCAUAACUUUCCGUAAGUCCUGUGUUACAUUAAUCUGGGCAGAAAAAGGUCUUUGUACGUUACAAAUAAUAAAACCCAAUGGCUGGUUCAAAGAUUAUAUUCAACGUAAACAUAUUUUUCGCGCAAUGUCAUACCAAUACGAAAUGACGAUAAAAUUCCCAUACGUUAUACAGACCAAAUCAAGACUAAAAUCGCAAAACAUUUUUUCUCGGUGUUUAAUCUAGGAGAACAUGAAAUGUCCAAUUCUUGAAAAGACACUUUCCAGCCUAAUAGUCAAUGAAGAUAUUUUGUUUUGGAAAUUUUUAUUUCAUUUGUUCUCGAUGAAUUUUUUCCCCCAAGGAGAAAACUGAUAAGCACUUUAAAAACUGUGAUUUUUAUUAAACAAAGCGUAAUUGGAUCUCCGUAACUUUCAAGUUUGCUGUAAAUCACGGACCUGUCUGAGAAAAACCUUUGGUUUACAAGGCAAACUUAGUUGUUUCUUUUUAGCUCGAGUUUGAAGACGUGAACACUUUGGUUUGAAAGAUAAUCCUUACAGCUUUUUGGGUACAUACGAUCCGUUUUGUGGUUUGUAUAACUUUAACUCAAAACCGCUUACAGUUGAAUUUCUUGGAGUCUCAUGAACCAGACAUUAAGUUUUAUCUAACCUAAUACUAAUACGACAAGAGAACAUUGGCAAUUGGAUUUCCCGCGUUCGUGGAGCAAUGUUUGCCCGCUAUAUUUGGCUAGUUUAUGUUCUUUUACAUGUCGCGUUCGUAAUCGUUAAUGUCUUGUAUAAAUUUUUUUGUAAGGUGUCUGUACUAGCUAAUCUCUGUCCACAUUUUUUUUUUGAGUAGUCUGUUUUAAGUUAGUGAAUGUGUUGUUUUAAGCCAGGCUCGUACAUAACUGUUCAGCAAUGUCAACUUUGUGCUCAGUGUUUUGUUUGGGUUCCUGCCAGUCCCUCCUAACCAAGAGGCUUAGCAAUUGGAGCACUUGAUCUUACUGAAAGUUUUUUUCGUCAGUUAUUUAAAUCUCAAAUUCUUAAAUUUUGGUUUGGUGACGUCAUACAUAGUAUAGGUAGGAUCGGUGCAAUGGUUCUGUACGUCCUACUGCGGUCAAGUGGCUUGUGUUUAAUCUUGUGAUAUCGAGGUUCUAUUUUGUUCGGUUUAAAUUUCAUGUUUUUGGAGUAUUUGUUUUCACGAUGGGUCGUAAAUUAGUGGUCACAUUGGUACCCUUAUGUGAAAUAUCUCACAACAGAAUGUUUUGUCCAGUAAUCUAUUAGUAUGUCCUUUUUUUAUAUUCGAAGCAGUCCCCCCGCCCCCCACAAAAAAUAUGUUCUCUUCUCUGACGAAAUAAAUGUCAGCGUAGCGUUCUGCAUGUCAAUGAAUCCUGUCGUUAUGUACAGCGGUUAACGUAUCUUUCACAUGGCGGUAUGUUUCGUAGCCAGUAUUAAGUAAAUGGUCAUUCUUUUACGCCAAAAAAAAAAAAAAUUAAAAAGUGGAGAAGCAAUUUUUUAAAUGUAGUUUUGGUUGCCAAUGUUCUCUUUUCCAUUACAAGGAAUUAACGGAAAAUAUGUGGAUAUCUUUAACCGGCACUGACUAUUGUGUCGACAACAUUUUGAAUGAAGCACCUGUAAACAAAUCUAAGGAUAUUUUCUGCAUGAAAACAGUCUAAAAAACCACAACAAUAAAAUGCCGUUUCGUGGCCUGAUGGUGCUCGUAUGAUAAACGAGAUGUUUUUUUUUUUUUUUUAGAAAGAAUUGAAUAAUUUUC